AUGAGGCGGAAGCUCCUGGCUCUGACCGGCCAUGGGCUCUCCCAGGCCAUCGCGUGCUUGAUGGACAUGAACGCGCUGCUGGACCGGUUCCACAACUACAUCCUCCCGCACCUGCGGGGCGAGGACCGCGUCUGCCACUGCAACUGUGGCCGGCACCACAUCCACUACGUGAUCCCGUACGACGGGGACCAGUCGGUGGUGGACGCCUCCGAGAACUACUUCGUGACAGACAACGUCACCAAGCAGGAGAUCGACCUCAUGCUGGGGCUGCUGCUCGGCUUCUGCAUCAGCUGGUUCCUGGUGUGGAUGGACGGCGUCCUGCACUGCGCCGUGCGCGCCUGGAGGGCCGGCCGGCGCUACGUGCAGAGGCGGGCAGCUCUGACGGGCAGCACGGGCCUGCUCUGCUCACCCCUCACGGAUCCCCGACUGUGCCAGGCCUUCCCCUGGCUAGACGCCCCCACUGCAGCAGCCAGCUCUCAGCUACCCCUGGACCGGGGGGCUGUGCCUUCUUCCCGCUCUGGGCCUGGCUUGGAGACACGUCCCCUAGGAGUGUCCUGGGGGUAG